AUGGAGCCACCAACAGAGGAAGAUAAUAAUCAAGAUGAUUCAAUGUUGAGUCAUCUAUUUAUGCCAACAAGAUUGCCUAAUGUAUUUGAUCAGCAGGAACAAGAUGAAGCAGAAAGUACUCUAUUUCAUUCGUUCAUUAAACAUGUCAGCAGUUGUAAAGUUUAUAGAGAAAAGGGAGUAAUAGUAUCAUCUGCUUUAAAUCAAUUCAGUGAUGAUAUUAAACAACCACCAAACAUAGUCCAACUAACUGAAAGAAUCACACAAUCAUUUUUUGAUUCAAAAGAUAAUAAUAAUAAUAAUAUUAAUAAUAAUAUACAUUUAAUCACCUACUUUAAGAAAUCAAAUUAUUUAAUUCAAAUCUAUCCAACACUUGAUACAUUUAAUGCUCAAACAUCAAAACUACAAAUUGCAACACCCAUUUGUUCAUUCAACAUUCAAGAUGUCAAUCAACUGUUAGAUCCAAUACUGGAUCAACCACCAAUCAUGUCAAUCGUUCGUCGUGAAGAUAGUGUGAUACCAUCACCAAACACCAUUCUCAAUUGGUUAAUUCCAUCUAUUCCUGGAUGUGAAUACAAUGAUUCAACAACCAAUUAUUCAACUCCAAUCAUUUAUAAAUCAAUUAGACCUGAAAUUAUUGGUUCUGGUCCAGAUAAUGGUUGGAUUAGAUCACCUCUCUGGGUCGGUCUCAAAUCAUUGACUCAUUUUCUUUUUAAAAGAUAUCGAUUAAAGACAAGAAUAUAUAAAUGGUAUGUGUUGGUAUUUAAAAUCAAUACACUUGUGGAACAUAAAGUCAACAGUCAAACAACAUUGGAAUACAUUGCACACAUUGCAAGGAGUUGUGAAAAAUUCAAAAUCAAAUAUCAAGAGAAACAUCCAACAACUGUAUUUGAUUUGACCAAAUCAAUCAAAGAACAAUGCCAGAUACUCUCUGACAAGGUUCAUCAACAAUGGGAUUCAUUCUGUCAAGUCGCAGAGAAAGAAUCUCAAAUCAGUACAUCCAUCAACAACAUUUGUACUGGAUUGAAAGAUUAUGGAACUGAUCCAACAAACUUGGUACAUGGAUCCCUUCAUCAAAAUAUUAAAUCAUUUGUAAACAGUACCAAAGUAGAAGAAAAGAAGUUAGAUGUCAAAGGUGUAAAUUUAUUGACCGAUUCAGCAUCCAAUUCUUCAAUAUCUUGUUUACAGGGAUAUUCUACCUUACUCAACGAUCUCCAACCUCUCGGCGCUGGAGACCACUUUGUUAUUAUCAUGCAAAGUAUUGUCAUAUGUAUCAAUACUAGACCAAAAAAUGAGAAUGUAUCAUUAGUCAUCAUAUUAAAUAUCGUUGAAGAUAUUAUAUUCAAGAUGUGGAAAAGUAAAAUAUUUAGACACGCACUAUCAAACGAUCAACAAGAUGUAUUCUCAUCAAUUUACAAUCUAAUGGACAUUUAUAUGAAGUUGGCAAAACCAAGAUAUGAUAAAGAUGCUAUUCUUUACAGUCGUUUUAUCUUGACAUCAUACACUUUGGUUGCUAUUUUAGAUAGAUUGACUUUAGAUUAUUGUCUUUUACUUGACAAACAAGAGAGUCAAGAUUCAACACCAAGAUUCAGUUUAUACUCUCCUCUACCACCCUAUGUCGACAUAUCAAUAUUCUCAGACCUAUUACUUCAAAACAAAUUCGAGUAUGACACCUUGGAAUCAUUGGAAUUAUAUUUUGAAGAUCAACGUCAUUGUAGUAAAACAUCAAUCGAUAAUUCAAUCUUUAGCGCUAAUGGUUUUGCAAAGAAAUGGGCCGAACAAUUUUAUCAAGAAGAAUUACAAGAUGAAUUGGAUGAUAUAGAGACCAAGACCGAAACCAAAAUCAAAGAGUAUCGUGAAUACAAAGAUAAAGUGACAGAUUAUAUCAAGAUUCAAACGGAACAACUACUUUUAUAUCCAAGUGAAAGCGAAACUGACAUUCGAAACAGAAAUAGAAUCAACUCUAACAUUCAAGAAUAUUACAAUUUAAAAUCAUCAAUCUACUACAAAUCAUUGCCAGAAGAUAAAGACGAACAAUUCAAACACAUUUUCGAAACCAAUAUCCCAUUCUACCUCUAUUAUGUUAGAAACUCAUUUGCUUUGCUAUGCAAAUAUCUUUUUGCUCCAAGCAGUAGUGAAAAGAAAGAUACAUUAAAAAUCUCACCAGAUCAAAGUAUUAUAUCUUUAUUGGUUACCAAAGAUAGAGUGCCCUUUAAUCUCAAUAUCUUUCAAUAUACUGAAUCAUCAUUUGUUGAUUGGAAUCCAAACACAAUUUUUUGUUUUGGAUACAAAGAAGGAAAUAAUAUUGUGGAUAUUACAACAAGCAAAUUUCAACUAGUACCCCUUUCAAUUCCAUCAAAGGUUGAAUAUAGUCAACUCAAUUGGAUGUUAAGUCAAGGUAGUAUUUCAGAAAAUGAUGUUCUCACAACUCAAUACUACACACCAAAAGGAAUGUUACCAAACGAGUAUAUAAGAUAUGGAAUGUUAAGAGUUGGAGAAUGUUUAUCGAUUAGAAAUAUGAUUAGAUACAUGGAGGAAAGAAAUAAUCUAAAUGGAAUUCAUGUAUUGGUUAUGUUUUAUCAAUUGUCAAUGCAAUGUGGUCCUAGAAAGAACAAAUUGUCUACAACAAGACCUUAUAGAAUUGGUUGGAAUGAUGAAAAUGUUUUACAAACUCUAUGUAGAACAGUUGACUCUGUUACAAGUGAGAGUCAAACCAAUUGGGAAGGUAGCGUUUCAAUGAUUGUCAUGAUUCAUUUUUUAACAAUUGCAUUCAAUACAAGAGAUAAAAAACAAGACCAAAAAGAAUUGGAUGAAACUGACAAAUUGAUUAUUAAAACGUUGGAGAAAUGCAGAGUGGUACUUUGGGAAUGGGUUGCCAAGUUGGAAGAACUCAUUCAGCAAGAAUUACUUCAUGGAAGAGAUAUUCAAGAAACAUCAGCACUAAGAAAGAGAAUGGUUUAUACAGCUAUUGCAAUCAUUAUGACAUUCAACAUUGACAAUAAUCACAAACAAUAUAUUAUUCAACAAACCAACUAUUUCCAACAUAUUGAUUAUUAUUUCAAAUCAUUGAUUAUUUUGGAUGAAAAUACAACCUAUUCAAGUAAUGGAACAAGAACAUUGGCAUUAUUUCCAGAACAACCAUUCUUGGAUAUAAUAUUCAAUCAAUUGUCAUUGAUUAUUUAUCGUCAAAUACCAUUCAUCGUUGAUCAUUUCAAAGAUGGAAAUCAAUUUGGAUGUUUAAAUAAUAUUAUUCACCAAGAAUCAAAUUAUCUUAAAUGGGAAAAGGGAUCAAAUAAUAAUUAUUAUGAAUUCCAAAUUAACAAUGUAAUUAUUCAAUUUAAUAUAUUUGAUGGAACAUUAUUAUUCAAUGGAACAUUUGAUAGAAGAUUACCAAAUCAAAUUGUUAAUCAUAAACUUUAUAAAUCAUUCUUUGAAUAUUCUAUUUUUCAAGUUAAUCAAACUGGAAAUUGUAUUUGGACUACCAAUUAUUCAAUGGGAGGAUAUAAUAUAGGAUUUUCUAUUUGUUCUGCUGAUACCAUUGCAAUUGUUCAAAUCAAAGACAAUGGAGAAAGAUGGAUGCUUCUUGAUCCUUGUUUAUUUAAUCACUUACCAAUUACUUUUGUAGAAUCUUAUUCACAUUGGAUAAAUAUGAUAACAAAUGAAAUAGAGUUUAGACCAAAAACAUUCAAACAAUACAAAGAUGGAGGUUUGGAUUCAAUUAAAUUUAUUGGAACUAAAAAUGGUGAAAUUAAAUUAAAAUCAACUGGUGAAUCAUUAUUAUAUUUUGUUGCAAAUAAUCUAAAGUUAAGAGAUCAAAUAUUCAAACUAUUCCAAUUGGAAUCAACGUCACACUUUCAUAUUUAUGAACAAGAAGCAUCCCAACAUUAUAGAAUUCAUUUAAAUCAAUAUGGAUUGGAUUUUAUUGUUGAUUGUAUUGUUGGACAAAUCAAUUCAGUUCAAUAUUCUGGAUACCGACUAUGUGAACAACAAUACAUUGGAACUUUGGUUGGUUUGAAAACAAUAUUGGUUUUGGAACAAAAUAAUUUAAGUGGAACAAAGAAAGUUAUUCUGCCACAUUCAACAAUUACAUUGGAAAAGAACGGUGAUUUCAACAAUGCUAAAUCAAAUACAACCACACUCAACCAUCCAUCAUAUUUUAUUUAUGAUAUUGAUCAAGAACUCAAAAUGAUCAAAUCAUCAGAUUUGACAGCACAUCUCCAUCUUUGCUAUUCUCAUAUUGUAACAUCAUCAUUGUUUAGAGAUCCAUUUACUGGUUUGAGAGGAAUGGAACUUGCUAUUAUACUUUUAAAGAAAUUUAAUAACAACAUGCCACUCAACCAAUCACAACUCAAUAUUUUAUCACAAAUAGCAAGUGUAUCACCAACAAGAGUAUCUGGUGAUAAUAUCAAACUAAAAGUAUCAAUCCUAUACCCACUACUCCCACCAAUGAUAUCACAAGAUGUUUUUAUUAUUAUGGUUGAUAUUAUAAAGAAUGCUCAUCAAGAAAUGUCAUUUUUAUAUAAUACUCAAGAUGAAGAAGAAGAAAGGAAAAAACCAUUGGAUUUGGUACUCAAUCGUAUUGCUUGGAAUAGAUACAAAAAUAUUUACUCUCCACUUUGUCAAAUCGAUGACCCUAUUGACACACCAGAUGAUACCAUCAUUGAACCAACAGCAUUGGGCAAAACCACCAAAAACAUUCAAAGAAUUGCAUCGAUCAUUGAAUACAAGAAUAUUCAAUAUUUGGAAAAUUCAUUCAAUCCCUAUUCAUCAAUGAUGAGUUCAUCAACCAUCAACGGUCCAGACUUUAAAGGUCUUCAAAAUUGUGUUCCAGAAUUUCAAGAAACAAACCGUCUCAUUAAUACCAAACAUAUUGACAAAAAGCAACAACUUGGUGAUGCAUUUAGAGAUUGGUAUCUAAAGUUAUUAAAAAUAGGAAUGGAAACUGCAAGUGGUCAUUAUAAUCUUUCAAGAUUUAAAUAUAUCAUCACAUUGUUGACGUAUCAUUGGUCACAUCCAUCAUUGACACCAUUUUUAGAUCACAUUGUAUUGAUAGCAAUAUCCAAACCAUUACCAAAUAUUUCAACUUUUCCAGGUUACACAAGUUAUUCACUCACUACAUAUGAGCAACGCUUAAUUGUUAAUGUACUUGUAAAGUAUAUUGUAUAUCCUAUAGGCAAGACAAGAGACGAAAACCAAAAAGAAAAAAAGUCAAUUUUGGAUAUGAUCACAACACAAGACAUUUGGCAACGAGUCGAUGGAACAAGAAUCAUUUAUCCCCUUAACAAUUCUUAUCAACAUGUAGAGCACAAGUAUAUUCACGAUCAAACUUCUUUUAAUCAAGAAAUUCAAAUGUUAAUCAACUGUUGGUACGAUAACAGAUUAUUGAUAAUAUUUUUGAAAGAGAUAAAUCAAGAAACACAUAAUAUUAUUUACCAAAGAGAAAAAAAUCUUUUAUAUUUUGUUGGACAACCAAUAAUAGAAAUUAAACAAAAAGACCAAGUAUCAAGUCAAGAAAAGGUCAAAAAUGUUAAAUUGUUUGAAAAGGAAAUACCUCAAGAACUACAAGAUAUUUGGAAGUUUGGUUUUGAUAAACAAUUAGAAUCAAUCUUGUCAACUCUCACCUCUAAAAGUUGUAAUAGAGAAAAGAUAUCAUUUGACAAGUUGGACAGUUUUAUCGAUGGAAUAUACCAUGAAACAAAUUUGGAAGAAGAAUUAUUUGAUGAUUUAAAUAUCAGUAAUGAAUCUUUAAAGAAAUACUCAAAUCAACCAACAUUUGAAAUGAACAAAUCACAUUCACUUGGAGAAGCUUUGGAAAAGUUAUCGGUUAUUAUUCAACAAAAAAUAGAUUUGGUUUGGAAUUUAAUUCAAGAAUUUUACAAUAAUCCAACUAGAAAUGAAAAUGUAGAAUAUGAAUUGGAUGGUAUCUUGAAAUGUUGUCAUUCUUGGAUUGGUUGUGUUCCAUUGACUGUUUAUGAAGAUUUCUCAAAUCAUUUGGUUGAUUUACCAGAUCAAAUAUAUCAAUUAAUUGGUGUUCACAUUAUCCUUCAAACUUAUAAACAAAAGAUUCAGAAAUGCAAAAUCAUUCAAGGUGUUGAUUUGGUAAAAGAAUUAUCACAAAGUAGAGAGACAAGAAAAUGGUUACCAAAAGAUUAUCCAACAUGGUUGGUAUUUGAAUUGGAACAAUCAAUAUGGAUCAGAGACACUCAAGCAGAGAUUGCUGUCAAGUUGAUCAAUGCUCAAAGUAAUGAAUGUGUUCAACUACAGAUGGGUGAAGGAAAGACAUCUGUUAUUCUACCAAUCAUGUGUUUGGCAAUAUCCGAUAAACAAAGAAUUGCUCGAGUCAAUGCAAUUCCAUCACUACUUCAAACUUAUAUUCAAGAUUUACAAAUGAGACUUGGAUCAUCAAUUCUCAAUCGACCAAUUCAUCUCUAUCCAUUCAAAAGAGAUAUUGGACCAUCGAUAACUGAAUCAAAUGUUCGAUCUAUUCUCUCCAACAUUGAAAAAUGUAAACAAAUGAAUGGAAUCAUACUUUGUACACCAGAACAUAGACUAUCAUUCAAUUUGUUUUGGAGAUUGGCAAAGGAUCAGUCAAAUAAGGAUAAGAUGUUAGAUGAAAUGAAUCAAGUAAUUACAUGGUGGAACGAUAAUAUAUUUGAUAUUAUGGAUGAAUGUGAUGAUUUACUUUCAUACAAAUACCAACUACUCUAUCCAAUCGGAUCAAAGAUUCCGCUCAAUGGGUGUUCAGAUCGUUGGAAAAUAAUUGAAGAGGUUCUAUCUGAACUGAAAUUAAUUCUUCAAAAACAAUAUGGUGACUUUAAAGAUCCAUUCCUAUUUAGAAGGUUCACAUCAGAGAAUGAAAACAAUCAAGAUACAAUGAAAGAGGUGUUAUCUGUUUUACUCGAAACAUUAAUCAACAAACUACCAUUCAACACCAACGAAGAAAAUCUUGGCCUUAUCAAACAAUUUGUUGGACCAGAUGAAGAUACAUCAACAAAAAAACACAGCAAAGCCUUAUUAUUGGUUGAAGAAAAACUUGAUAAGCAUCAAACAAGAGUCUUAUUGUAUCGAGGAUUAUUUUCAUAUGAAGUUCUUUUGCACUCUUUGACAAAAACAUGGUCAAAACAUUAUGGAAUUAGAUCAAAAGCAUCGUCAUCAUUGAAACGAGAUUCAACAUUAUUGGCAGUCCCAUUCAGAGCCAAAGAUACACCAUCUGAAAGGGCAGAGUAUGGUCAUCCUGAUUUUGCAAUCAUCCUCACCUAUCUCUCAUAUUACAAUCAAGGUUUAUCAUUUGAACAAUUCAGUAAAUCAUUGGAUUGUUUAAGAACAAGUCAUAAAAACGAAGCACCAGAUAUCUACAGAUCAUGGACAGACUAUGAUCAAUCAAUUGAAGAGAAAUAUAGAGAUUUCAAAUGUGUUGUCAAAUCUGACAAUCAAUUGAUCAAACAUCUCUAUUCACUAUUCAAAUUCAAUUGUAGAGUCAUCAAUUUCUGGUUGAAUGAAUUGGUAUUCCCAUAUGAAACAAAACAAUUCCCAUCUAAAUUGUUUGCAAAUCCAUGGGACUUGGUUUAUCCAAAAUCAAACUCCAAGAAACAUAUUUCGUGUGGAUUUAGUGGUACCAAUGACACUAAAUGUCUCUAUCCUCUUACUAUUCAACAAAAUGAUUUGGAUCGACUCAAAUAUACCAAUGUUCAAGUAUUGAAUUAUAUUCUUGAUCAAAAUGAUCAAUCAAACAAGGUUCAUAUCGUUGAUGAUAAUAAUGAUAUUCUACCAAAGAUUACACAACUCAAUCAACUCAACAACAAGAAUUACUACAACAUAUUAAUUGAUGCAGGAGCACUGAUGAUUGGUAAAUCAAAUGAAGAUGUUGUCAAGAGAUGGUUAGAAUUGGAAUCAACAACAAGAAUAGAUGGAGCUCUCUUUUUUGAAAAUGAUAAACUGACAACAAUCGAUCGAGAAGGAAAGAAGUUUAUAUUCAGUCAAUCACCACUCUCUGAUAGAUUAGAUAGAGUUUUAGUUUAUUUGGAUGAUUAUCAUACUCGUGGUGUUGAUAUUAAACUUCCAAUCAACAGUAAUGCAAUCGUAACAGUUGGAAACAAGAUAACAAAAGAAAAACUACUUCAAGCAUGUAUGAGAAUGAGAAAGUUAGGACAAGGUCAAACUAUUUCAAUUCUCAUUUCAAAGAAUCUUGGAAUCGAAUUAAAGAAUGAAAGAGGUGAACUUGAACCACUAUCAAAAUCACCAGAGAUUAAAGAUAUAUUAAAAUGGACAAUUCAAAAUACUAUAGAUACUAUUACCAAUUCUUUUAUUCAAUGGACACUUCAAGGAUUAAUGAAUGCAAGAAGUAAAUCUGCUAUUUCACUUUUGGCAAUGGAUAAUAUCGAUAACAAAGAAUCUAUAUUUUCAAGAUUGGUUGCAUUCCCAGAAACACUAUCACUCUACGAUAUGUAUUCUGCAUUGUAUCAACAACAAAAAGGUGACUCUGUCGUAUCAUUUACUAAAAUUAAAUUGGAAAAAACAUUUAAAAAAGAUAUUGGAGAUGAUAAAGUUUACAAAGCUCUUGUUCCAACCCAUUCAUCAUUGGCGAAACAAAUUUGUCGAUACGCCGAAGACAAGAUAGAAGAUCAAAUGAUUUUCUCCAACAUGGUUGAUGAAGAACAAGAAAAAGAAUUUGAAUUGGAAGUUGAAAAUGAAAUCCAAAGUCAAUUACCACCAAAAGUAACUCCCUAUCAAGAAUUAUUUAUUGGAAAGGAAUGGCUUGACUAUUUGAUUGGCACUAAAAAGAUCGAUGGUAAUGAUCAACAACCAUCACCAUUCCUACCAAUCAAAGAUAUAUUCAAGAAUACAUUGGUUUGGAAGUGUUUGGAGGACCAUGAAAAAGACUGUCUUUCACCACACCUUUGGACAACUCAAAACUUUAUCAAUACAGUGGUUCAUGACACCAAUACGAUCGUUGGUAAUAAUGAUUACUUUGUCAAACAAAUUAAUUAUAUUUUGGUGUUUUGGAAUGCUGGAAGUGAUAGUAGUAGUACUACUACUCCAAACAUGGUAUUAGUAUCAAUGAAAGAAGCAAACCAUUUAAUCCACAUGUUGAAUCAAUUAGCACACCAAAAUAAGAAUCAAUUGGUUGUAUCCAUUCAUCAAACCAUCCAAAGAGAAAGAAAGAAACAAACAGAGUAUUUUAAACAAUUGUAUACUCUUUUACCCGCUGCACUCAAUCCAAUAGAACAAUCAAUCGACCCAUUAUUAAAUCAACUCAAUGUAUUAAAUGGAUCAAAAUACUUUGAUAGUCUACCAGAGAUUUAUCAAUUCCUUGGUAUCUUUAGAUGUGAUUCAAAAACAAUCAUGUCACAACUCAUCAACAAAGGAAUCAUUGAUCAAUUUGGAUUUGUAUUAGAAGGUGUCAAACCAAGUGAUAUCGACAAACUCUCGAUAGAUGAUAAUCUAUCCAAUCAACUAUUAUCAAUCAUCAAAACAAGAAGAUUUAAAAAAUGUCCAAUCGAUCUACUUGAAAAGAAUUUACAACUCCAAAGAAUUUAUUCAAUUGGUUAUAGUCAUAUUGAAAAAAUUAUAAAUAAUAAAUAA